UGGUGGAAAGAUGGCAACAUUGCAGAAAAAGGAAGAAUGUGGAAAUGGUCCAAAGAAAAGCUUUGCUCCACCUACACAAAAAUUGCAGGUGAUACCUCAAGGUCCUAAUUCACCCCAGGAGUACAUGACACUAGGAGUGAGAACAUCAGAGGGAGUAACUGAGACUAUCAUGUUCAAGACCAAGUUAGCGGAGGAGGAGAAGGCAAUCACAGAGAAUAGGCCAAACAGUGGAUGGGAGAUAAAAGGCAAGGCUCAAGACAAGCCUAUGGAGAAGAAAAAAAAGGAAAAAACAACUCUUACCAAUGCAGAAUUUGAGGAGAUUGUCCAGAUUGUGCUACAGAAGUCCCUCCAGGACUGCUUGGGUCAUUGUCAAGUCUGGGUCCAAUGUUCCUUGCCACACUGUGAAAAAUGGAGGCAGCUGAGUGGGGACAUUGACCCUUCAAUUCUCCCUGACAACUGGAUCUGUGACCAGAAUCCAGACUUGGCCUAUAAUCGCUGUGAUAUUCCUGAGGAGGCCUGGACAGAGUCUGAGAGUGAAGUGGCCUAUGCUUCCUAUGUCCCGGGAUCCAUGAUCUGGGCUAAGCAAUAUGGCUAUCCCUGGUGGCCAGGCAUGGUAGAAUCUGAUCCUGACCUGGGAGAGUAUUUUAUUUUUGCUUCUCAUCUUGAUCAUUUGCCAUCUAAGUACCAUGUGACGUUUUUUGGAGACACAGUUUCUCGUGCUUGGAUCCCAAUCAACAUGCUAAAGAACUUCCAGGAACUGUCCCUGGAGCUAAUAGGAGUGAAAAAGUACAAGAACAAGGAUUACAGCCAGAAACUGGUGGCAGCCAUAAUGAUGGCUCACAAGGCACAACAAGUUGAUAUUCUGGCUCGGGUCAACUUGUUUGGCUUCUGGAACCGAUAUGGUAGAUCUGACAACAGUGGGGGAAAAAAAGAAGUAAUGCUAUCUAAGGCUAACAAUCCAGAGUCUGUCUUGAAGAAAAAGAAGGAGAAGAGAAAGAAAAAAAAUCCAACUUUGCCUGGUCCCAGGUCAGCCAAAAAGCAAACCAAAAAAUCCAAGCCUACAGGCAUGGCAGAUGAACAAGACAGACCCCCGAAAAAGAGAAUGAAGAGCAGAUCUCUGGACAAUGAAUGUGUAGAUGCUCCUGUGUCCAUAAUCAAGAAAGAAGAGCCAAGGAAUCCAGACCAGCCAGGUGAGGCUCACCUUGCCACAAUCAAGAAAGAAGAAGAGCCAAGGAAUCUAGAUCAGCCAGGUGAGGCUCACCUUGCCACAAUCAAGAAAGAAGAAGAGCCAAGGAAUCUAGACCAGCCAGGUCAGGCUCACCUUGCCACAAUCAAGAAAGAAGAAGAGCCAAGGAAUCUAGACCAGCCAGGCUGUAAGAAAAAAUUUCAAGCUCCUCAAAGCAAGGCCCCAGCGCCCAGAUUGUCUAAGGAAAAAGUCGUUAGAAUGGUGUCCCAGGGCCUGGCCCCACCAGCUUGUCAUGAGCCCUGUCCCUUGAUGGGGAAAGCUUGGCCUGCAUACCCCGAGCUACUAGCUGAGGCCGUUAUUCAUGCCCCACCUGAGGAUAGAGCGUCCAGUGACCUGGACCUGGAGCAACUCAUGGAAGAUAUUGGGAGAGAGGCAGAAGAGCAAGGGGAGCUGCAACCCAGAGACAGUGCAGAGACCUUCCCCAUGGCCUUCUGGGAGUAG